AUUCCCUCUGCCUCCGCUUCUCUCCCUCUCUGGGCUCUGGACACCCUCAAGGCUGCCUCGGUGUACACCGCUCCCUUUGUGGGCUUCCUCUUCCACCUCGCUGUGACUUGGGUGCAUCACAGUCUCCAGUCAAAAUGGCCACCACCAAGGAGAAGCUGAUUGGCAAUCUAGUGCCCCAGGGAGAUGAGGCACCGCGCAAUAAGAUCACGGUUAUUGGAGUGGGCGCUGUGGGGAUGGCAUGUGCCAUCAGCAUCUUAAUGAAGAACCUGGCGGAUGAGUUUGCUCUGGUGGAUGUGAUGGAGGACAAGCUGAAGGGGGAGAUGAUGGACCUCCAGCAUGGCAGCCUCUUCCUCCGCACCCCGAAGAUCGUGGCCGACAAGGAUUACAGCGUCACCGCUGGCUCUAAGCUGGUUAUCGUGACUGCCGGGGCCCGUCAGCAGGAGGGUGAGAGCCGCCUCAACCUGGUGCAGAGGAAUGUCAACAUCUUCAAAUUUAUCAUCCCCAACGUGGUCAAGUACAGCCCCAACUGUGUCAUCCUAGUGGUGUCCAACCCAGUUGACAUCCUGACUUACGUGGCCUGGAAGCUGAGUGGGUUCCCGCGGCACCGUGUGAUUGGCAGCGGGUGUAACCUGGACUCUGCACGUUUUCGAUACCUGAUUGGCGAGAAGCUUGGCAUCCACAGCACCAGCUGCCACGCCUGGGUCAUUGGCGAGCACGGCGACUCCAGUGUGCCGGUGUGGAGCGGGCUGAACGUGGCAGGUGUGUGCCUGCAGAAGCUCAACCCUGACAUCGGGACCGAUCAAGACAAGGAACAUUGGAAGAAGCUGCACAAGGAUGUGGUGGACAGUGCUUACGAAGUGAUCAGGCUGAAAGGCUACACCUCCUGGGCUAUCGGCAUGUCUGUGGGAGACAUGGCCGAGAGCAUCAUGAAGAACCUGCGGAGAAUCCACCCUAUUUCCACUAUGGUCAAGGGUUUACACGGAAUUUCUAAUGAAGUUUUCCUGAGUGUCCCUUCAAUCCUGGGAAGCUCAGGAAUGACCGACAUUGUCAAGAUGGUGCUGAAACAGGAGGAGGAGGCCCAGCUGGUGAAAAGUGCUGAGACCCUAUGGGGUAUCCAGAAAGAUCUGCAGUUUUGAAGCUCGUCACUGUAACCUGUCGUGCUGGCUGUAGCCAAUGUUUCUGUGGGCUGCUCGUGGUGUUGUCCUGUGUCGUCCAGCGAGACAUAGUGACCGCAUCUUUGUGACAACUUUUGCUUCCCUGAAAUAGUGACCCUUUCACUAGACACAGCUGAGCACCCCCCACUGGCCAGCAGUCCUGCGUGCAAUCACAAAUUCCCAGUCAACCUGUGUCUUCCACACUGAGCAGCUCACAGCUGUCACAAUGUCUUAAGUAUUUGUGUGUAGACUAUCAACUGUGUAUCAAGCGUCUGUUGUAGGGAAAUAAAGUAAAGAACUCCCAA